UCAGUUUCAGGAUCGACGCUGGGAUAGAACGACCCUUCGAGGCGUUCGGAACGGAUUUCGCAUCACUGCUUCGAUUCGGCAACCGUCAAAGGGAAGGCCGUUGUGCGUUUCGGUGGAGCAAGAGGAAAAUCGGUUGGCUUGCUUUCGAGGUGAAACAUUGAGUGAAAAGAUGGUGGUAAAAUUUGAAAAAGGAAAUGAGUGACCCGUGAAAAGUGAAGUUCCACGCAAACAACAGUGCAUCUUAUAACAAAAAAAAAAAUCACCCAUUGCAUUAGUGCCACGAUCGGUUAACGCUUACCGUUCCGCUAACGCUCCAUUUAUCUUCUUUUGAUUUCUGAAGUUCGUUCGCGUGUUUAACCUUACUUAGGCGGAGGUGUGCUUAACGCCUGCUUUACCGUGUAACCGCCGUGCGUGUGUGUGUGCUACCAGUUGUUUGUCUUUGUGAUUGGAUGGCUGUUGCGAACGGUUCACUAAAAACAACCCUAACCUUGUGCAUCAGGAGGACGGUGCCGAUUCCACCCGUCAACAUCAUCCAGAGGUCAUACCGAUAAGCCGAAAGCUACAGCGAUCAUUCAUUCGAUGAAGUUGUGAAGUCAUGCUUCAAUAAUGCAUCAAGUAAAAUUGUUUCUUAACGAAAGCAACGGAAUCUCAUGCUGCAAAUCAUAUCAUAAGCUGUAGAAAAGUUCCGUAAAAAUCUGAACCCGGCACAUUGUACGUCGUGAAGGAAAUACAUUGAAACAACUUCAUCCGAUAGUGCCAUUCGCCCGUGUUACCAUCCUGAUCGAGACAAGUUUGACAGUUCGAAACUUAAACUUAACACAGUUCAGUUCAAUUUUAAUACAUUUACGAUACACAGCAGAAAAAAAUUUGCCCGCGCUACUAACAGGGAGAAAGUUUCCAUCCUCUUCACAUCAUGCGCGCUUUUUUACCCACCCGAACCGGAAGCAAGCUGUAAAUUCGCACUUCGAGCAACGGUUAAUACAAGCAAACCACAGAGCCUGUAAGCUGGUUGCCCGUACCGUGCCCGUUGGUCAACUAAAAACCACACACAAGUCGAAGCAAAACGGUGCAAAAUCGGCUGACAAGUUUGAACAAUUUCUCCCAAACUCCCACACUGAAAACUAUCUCGACCGGUACCCUGGUGAACUGGAAGCGCAUCCGGAAACUUCGCUCCUGCGGUCGCUCCGUUUAAGGUCAAUGAAAAGAUGGCUACCCCACCGGACAGUCCGAUUGAGGAGGUGGUGUACGAGCUAGAGCCUGCCCGGGCACCGAAACCGAUACCGGUCGCACUAGAGGAUCUUUGCCGACUGACAAAGUUCACCCGCCAGGAGAUACGGGUCAUGUACAGAGGCUUCAAAACGGAAUGUCCAGACGGGGUUGUGCACGAAGAUAGCUUCAAGGAUAUUUAUGCGAAAUUCUUCCCACAUGGAAAUUCCAGCCUUUACGCGCACUAUGUGUUCAAAGCGUUCGAUGUCAACUGCAAUGGAUCCAUUACCUUCCGGGAUCUUCUCGUCACCCUGUCUACUCUUCUACGUGGUUCCGUUUACGAGCGGCUACGAUGGACGUUCCGAUUGUACGAUAUCAACGGCGACGGUUGCAUUAGCCGAGGAGAAUUGGGAGAAAUUGUGUCAGCCGUACACGAACUGAUGGGACGGCGACCACACCAACCAGACGAUGACCGGAAGGCCCGGGAACAGGUUGAUAAAGUGUUUGCAAAGCUAGACCUGAACCAGGACGGUAUCAUCACGAUCGAGGAAUUUCUCGAGGCAUGCCUGAAGGAUGACGUCGUCACGAAGUCCCUGCAAAUGUUCGACUGUCUUUGAUGACCGUCGGCCGAAAGUGUCUACGCGGGCUUGCGCAAACCCGAUCUAGACCGGUUUGCGUUAAUCCAUCUCUAAGGCAGGCAGGAGGACCUGAUCUAAGGGCAGGAUGGAUGAUGCUCGACACAUCCCGCCAAGGAUCAGUGCCCUCGGAAACUCCCGCGUGGACGGAUAGGCUCCUGGUGUGAGCGUGGUUAAGUUUGUUCAGAAAUCUAACAACCCAUCAACAACUAGCAGGAACUUAAGGUCUCUACUGGGCGCUCCGGUGUUGGGGGCGAGUAAAUAAUCCGAUUCUUCCAAUGCUUGCACUCGAUUCCAAGAAUCCUCCCCGAGUAGGAGGCGAUAGGCGAAGGGGGCGUCCCGUCCAGCUGCAUCCGGACGGUUGCCACCGUAUUGCUCCGGUCCAUAUCACGUUCCAGUACAUCUACGAAAGCAAUAACGUUAUGUUGAUAAGAUGCUAAGAGAGAGGGCAGGAGGCGCAAACAAACAAACCGACAAACACUAACGAACCGUGAUCGUGCCACAGUGGCAACGGACAAAAACGCGGGAAAAAAUGUUUUUAAUAAACAUGUUUUUAUAUAGUUUGUAUUGUAAAUCGCUUUGGGUUCUUUGUUCUUGCACCGAUGAAGAGGGUCAGCACCAGGAUUUGGUAGGGUACGAUCGUUGCACUUACCGACACCGGUCGGCACCGGGUUACAAUAAUAACGUUAGCAGCGAGCAGUAGUCUCUAGGAUGACUUAGAUGCGGGCGCUUAAGUAUAGGCACACACACUUUGACUAAUCAAACUGGCAUACCCAUUGCUAGCUGUAGCUGCUAUCUCGAGUGUAGGGUGUAAGCAAUCUUAUCGUAAACGAAUCUCAUCCUUUCGUUAUCUAACAUUCAUUCACUUCCAUCGCAUUUUAAUCGCUCAGUCUCGGUGAACGGGGUGUGGAUGUAAAACACAGCUUAGUUGACAAUAGACAAUCGUUUACAGGUAGUAGUUUCGAUUAGUAGAGAAACAUAGGGACUUUGUAAAAGGCAAAAACGGCAUGAAUCAUACAUUAUUUCAAAUCAAUUCAUAAUUUUACGGAAGAUCUUCGUGUCGCAUCUUCACGCUUACGCCAUCAACGCUCAGUUAUGUUUUUCACCGGCAGCUAUCAGUAACUACAUUCAUCACCAAAGGAGAGUUAAAGCGCUAUCGAAGUUUAAGUUUACCCCCUUUUCGCAACGAAACUAGCCAUGUACAGUACUGCACGUUAACUAACCAAUAUAUGAAACCAGUAUUAGCAUUCCAUCGUUUAGUUCUCUUUGUGGUGGCUCUCUAGAUGCUGAUGUGUGCUGUAUCAUCUGGCGCAGAAAGCAAAGGCAAAAGAAAAAGGCAUUUAACAAAAUACGCAUUGAAGCAUUGUAAGAAAGGUAACUAACAAAACACCAAAAACUACCAAUAAGUCAAACAAAACCCGGUAGGGAACGAACCCCCCCAUGGCCAGUACGAAAUCGUAAGUAGACUAGCGCAGAAUGAAUGGACGAGUUCGCUAGUGGGAGAGAUGAGUGAACGUGGCGAAAGGAAUGUGGAAGCAUUUUAAAUUAAUUAGCAAUUUUAAAAUUAAUUAGCAUAAGGUGACGACGAGUGAAAAAAUAAAAACAGCCAAAUUGUAAAGCGGAAGGCGAGCGGAAAAAAACAUUUUAAAACCACUCACACCAAGCACAUCCAUCUCGGACUGUUCUUUCCGUACCCUUUGAUACGCGAGGGCGUGCGGCCAAACGCGAGGCGAGGCGAAUCUCCUAUCCGUUUAUUAGUGUCUCUUGUAUGGAUGUAUCUCCUCGAUUAUGCAUGUGUGUGUGUGUGUAUCGUACGGAAAAGUGUACACUCUCUCACACUCAAUGCCACUGGAGCUCAAAGAUAUUUGGACACGACGAUUUGCAUGACAGUGUUCCUUAGUGUAGUCGUAUACUUAGCUCACUCUCGAGUGUACAGCGGAUGUCGUGCAGACAUUUGCUCUGACGCUUCUAUACUAUCGUUCAGCUACUAGAACCAGGGCGUUAUAGGUAGAGUAAAUGGGAGGAUAGCCUACCGGUAGCGAUGUGAUCGGCGUGAUACUGUUUAUAGCCGGCAGUUGAACACGAUUCAACGAUACACUUCACUCCUCAACUGCUUGCCCACCGUUUGACGGUGGAUAAAAAACUUAACCCGUUACGAAAACGAAACUAUACAUACCUAGAGCUGCAUUAAGUGUCUACAGUUUAUGGAGAGAACGAAAACAUCCACAACUAAAUGCUACCUUACCCAUUUUACCCCUUUUUGCAUUUGUUGGAAGGACGCACAACUCACUAACAUACCUAGCACUGCGAGAAACACUCAUUUGGAUUAAUUGAUUUUAAUUUAAAAUCCUUGCUGCUUGAGUCGAAAUUCGAUCGAUAAAGCGAUUGCCGCUUCGUUUACUCAUCAGAGGACAUUGCAUACUUUGAGGCGCACAUUUCGCACCGAAGUGUAUGUGCAACAAGCAGGACAAAAUAAAGUGGAUUUUCCCACAAAAACCGUUAUCUGAAAAGUUAUACUAACAUUACACAUACUCAUUACUCUUGCAAGGUGUCUAUUAUUCCAUCAUUCAUCGCAUUUCUCUUCGGAAAAGCCACAAUCAAACUGGAAUUGUUGUGUCGACUACUGCUACCCACCAUCACCCCAAUACGACGUAGAAACAAAAGCCCAACACAAUCAAAACGAUCGAUGAUCGCUUCAUCGUUACACACAACUACAAAAAAAAACAAUCAAAAACGAAGCCAGUAUUGCCUGUGAAACCAACACCUCAAAUGAGCUCUAUUUUUCUAGCGUAAACCUUUAAAACUGUUAUACAUUGUACUGAAUUGGGUAAUGUUGGUGAUGCGUUUUACUCCCCCAUUCUCGCUCUCGCCGCACAUUUUUUUCCCCAACCAAACUAUUUUUGUUGUUUCCCCACCCCCAAAACGAUCGCAUCACAUUACAUACUACCAAACCAAAAAAAAGGAAAUCAUUCUGUCAAUUACCGAUUGCCAGCAGCACCUGGAUGGAUGACUGCUUGCGCUGUGCAACGAGUUCGUGUCACGUUGUCUUUCCCUCAGUUUUAACUUUGCUCACUCAAUUCACACCAUUUGCAUGCAUGGUUGUUUUUUUGUGCACCAUUUGGUAAAGAAUCGAACACCUCGACUGCGGUCGGUGCGUGGAGCCAGUGAGGGCAUAAGCAUUAUACCUAGAGAUACCCAGCUGCAGCGGAGAAGUCUGAACGUUCAACAAAUACCCCACUGUUGCUGUAAAAGUCGAGACAAAAAGAAAAUCUGUUUUUAAAUGUACCUGUGUAUAAAGUAGCGUUAAAUUGAGAUUGAGAUUUAAGAAUUUGGGGAUGCAUAAGGGCGAUACGGAAAGGCAAAGGUACAGACAAAGAAAUAUUCUCUCCCACCAAAGUAUUAGCAACUAGGGCCAUCGUCUCGUGCUCGAUCGUCCUACCAUGGUAGCGAUCGCGUGCUGAGCGGGCCGGAUAGUGAUGACCGAUUAACAGACGUCCCGAAAAGACGAACUUAUAUAUAAAUGCAUGAUGUGAAACAAAUGAAAGAUAUAUAUACACAUAUACAUAGGCAGAACAAACAAACAAACAAACAAGCAAAACAGACACGGAAACAGCACUAGUAACGCGUUGAACAAUUUAACUAAUGAUCGGUAGUGUAAUUAAGAUGCAAACUAUGAAAUAUGAACUAACAAACUUUGUUGAGAUAAAACUAGCCGGCAGUGAAACCACCUAACGGUUCCCGCUUGUAAGGAAAGGGGGGGGGGCAAAAAGAAGGGGAAGGGAAGGAAAAGCAGGGAAGCAUACGAAGAAGAGUGAACACGUUGAUUUCAUUUUCUUACACACCAUCGUCCAUGUUCUGUUCAAAUCACCUUUCAAUGAUACCGAGUCGCUUAGCCGCUCGUUAAGAGGCUCCAUCGAACACUCCGCACACGGUUCAACUCUCCAGGGCCGGCCAUCUACAUUCAUUUUUACUUUCUCAAUGUUUCCCCCCCAACAAAAAGGUGUACUGUACAUUGUGAGCAAGGAAUCAUUCUAGCGCACCGCUGUUUAAAUAAAUGAAACUGGUUAUCAAUAAGUGUUUACGGCAAUUGAAAACAAA